CGACAAAGAAAAAAAGGAUAAGUCGCAAACCAUCAACGACAGUAUCCGGUUUAUCUCUUUACAUUAAUUCUAGGGUUCAUUCAUCUCCCCCCUAAAGCUCUCAUUAUCCUUCUCCAUUGCUUCCCUCAGAGAGCGUAAUCAUGGCAGCGAGUUUCGCUCAAUCUCCCUCCUUUCUGCGUCGAAACGCCUCUGGGUCGAUUCUCCUGACGGCAAGCUCCCCUGGAUUCAUCCGAUUCAGCUCCGGUCCUCAAUUUCGCCACAGACACAGCACUUGUCUUAAACUCUCGAGACCAUCGCAAAGCAGAACAACUUCUCUUAAGUCUCGGAGAAGCUUUGUGGUUAAAUCUUCAGCUUCUGACUCAAUUGCGCCACUUGAGUUGAAGUCUCCGGUGGGGCAGUUUCUGUCGCAGAUACUCGUGAGCCAUCCUCAUCUUGUCCCAGCAGCUGUUGAGCAACAGCUUGAACAGCUUCAAACCGACCGAGAAGCUGAGGAACAGAUCAAAGAUUCGUCCUCCUCCCUUCCUGGAACAGACAUUGUUCUUUACAGGAGAAUAGCUGAGGUUAAGGAGAAAGAGAGAAGAAAGGCUUUGGAAGAGAUUUUAUAUGCAUUAGUUGUUCAGAAGUUCAUGGACGCUAAUGUUUCACUUGUGCCAUCCAUAACCUCAUCAUCUGGGAGAGUUGAUACUUGGCCCACUCAAGACGGGGAACUCGAGCAACUUCACUCCCCUGAGGUUUACGAGAUGAUUCAGAAUCAUCUUUCCAUCAUUCUUAAAAACCGUGAGGGUGAUCUGUCAACUGUAGCACAGAUAAGCAAGCUCGGAGUUGGACAGGUAUAUGCUGCUUCUGUGAUGUAUGGCUAUUUCCUGAAGCGGAUCGACCAAAGGUUUCAGCUUGAGAAGACGAUGAAGAUUCUUCCUGGUGGGUCAGAUGAAGGUGAGACUAGCAUUGAGCAAGCAGGGAGGGAAACAGAGAGAAGCUUCUAUGAAGAAGCGGAAGAGACUUAUCAAGCUGUCUCCUCAAACCAAGAAGUUGGAGGGAUCAAUGCCAGUGGUGGUUCCAGCAGCGAAACGAAACAAUCCCGGUUAAAGACAUACGUCAUGUCCUUUGAUGGAGAAACCCUUCAGAGAUACGCUACAAUCAGAUCAAGAGAAGCAGUUGGGAUCAUCGAGAAGCACACAGAGGCGUUGUUUGGGAGGCCAGAGAUUGUGAUAACACCGCAAGGCAUUGAUUCGUCCAAGGACGAGCACAUGAAGAUCAGUUUCAAGGGACUGAAGAGGCUUGUGCUGGAGGCUGUGACGUUCGGUUCGUUCCUCUGGGAUGUAGAGAGUCAUGUAGAUUCAAGGUAUCACUUCGUACUCAACUGAAAUUGACUCUGUUUGGUGAUACUGUAGUUUCUCUGGGAGGCUUUGGUGGGUUUUCUUUGUAAUAUAUGCACGGACCAACUUGUAUUUGUUGUUCUCUCAGUACUUAGAUUCAUCAAUACCUAUGUUAAGUCGCUGAACGAUUCAACAUUAUGGAUAUUGUUUACCGAAAAUAAAUUUGAGACUGUUCUUUAAAA